AUGCCAUCGCCCAUUGAGCAGCAUUUGCAUCAGCAGCUGCAGCAACAUCAUCACUUCCACCACCCUCCGCUCCACCACCCACACGUGCACGCACUCCCGCCACCACCACCUCCUCUCUCCGUCGCGACCAAACGCGCAGCAGAAGGGCCACCGCUCGUCGAGCUCCUCUCCGCCUCGACAUCACCCACAGCACACAGCGGCCAUGGCAGCAGUAAAUCCCGCAAGACCAACUCCUCCCGCACAGGUCAAGCGUGCGACCGCUGCAAGAUCCGCAAGAUCCGCUGCGAUGCCCGGACGGGCGGAUGUUCGCCCUGUCUGCAGAACAACACCGAGUGCAAGACCACGGACAGGAUAACUGGGCGCACCACCUCGCGUGGCCAUACCGAGAGUGUGGAGAGCGAGAAUGUCGAGCUCAAGAUGUAUGUUAUGGAGCUGCAACAGCAGCUGAAGGGUCAUGGGGUGGAACCUUCUGCGCCGCCGAUAGCACCAGUGGGGUAUGGGCCGCCGCCCCCUGUUCAGGCCAUGCCUGCUGGGUACGGGCCCCCGUCGUGGAGUAGUCCUAGACCGAGUACGGCCUUUCAGAGCGUCGGUGGUGCUGCUGCGAAUGAGAGGCCGAUGGCGAUGGGGUCGCUGUUGCCAGAGUUCCGGUCGGGAUGUAUCGGCGACAAUUACUUGGGUGUAGGGUCUGAGAAUAACUGGCUGAGUACCAUCGAGGGCACCUCCAUUGCGCUGUUUGGGACGAAGAUCGACUUGGCUGAUUUUAUGCCACUCGAGCCGAAUCCUGAGGCGACUGCGAUGUCUUAUGAGACUUUCCUGGCUUUCGCGUUUGGCGGGCAAAGAUUGCCUGGUAUACCAGAUUUACCAGAGUACAGCCAAUGUCGGCAGUAUGCUGAAUGGUACUUCCGCACCAUUCAGCCUUUCACGCCCGUGCUGCACAAACCCGACUUCAUGCGACUGCUUGUUCGCAUCUACCAUGAGAACUACCAGCCUACCCCAGCCGAGACGGUGAUGGUGCACAUGAUGCUCACGAUCAUGUACUUCCAGUACUCAGCCCGGAACGAAAGCGCAGAAACAAGGCAGAUGUCUUUCGAGCACUACCACUAUUCACUCAGCUUCAUACCACAACUGCUGAUGAGUCACCGCCUCGAAGACCUCCAAGCAUUGGUACUCAUCUGCGCCCAGCUACGCAACCAGCCACGGCCCGGCGCAUCAUGGAUGUUCACGAACACCGUCCUUGGUGUGGCCAUCGAAGCAGGCCUGCAUCGUUCUACCAAAGCCUGGCCGAACAACACUUCUACGCUUGACCCGCAUACGACAGAAAUGCGGAAACGUAUCUUCUGGACCCUCAUGCUCUUCCACAUCAACGCCAGCGGCAACUAUGGCCGACCCAUGCCCUUGCGAUUCGAGGACUUUGAUAUCGAGAUACCUGAACCUGUCUAUGACUGUUUGCCGGAAGAAGACCACACCACCCGUGAAUGGAAGAAAUGCUCUUUCCGAGCUGGCAUCGAAGGCUUCAAACUACUGAAAAUCCUACUCGGAGUCUACCACACCAUCUACGCCGUCAAUCCACCCCCAGAUGCGCAAUACGAGGCCACCGUCCGCCAACUAGCUCAAGAUCUCGACGUCUUCCUCGCGCAACUCCCCCCAGAACUGACCACUGGCCCUCAAUCUAUCGAGGAAGAUCGCACCUUCGCCCUCUACCUCGAGCUCAGCGCAGCCGAAUAUCAGCUCCUCCUGCACCACCCGGCACUCUGCCGCUCCAGCGCCCCACAAGUCUACUCCCGCAAUCUGGAUGUCUGCCUCGAUGCUAGUAACAGUAUUCUCGUUGUCGCUUUGAAACUGAAGCAGCUGAAGAGUUUGGACACCACGUUGUAUUAUGCUACGGACUUUAUUGCGGCGAUCUGUACGACGAUCUUCGCUUUCAAUGAGAGGAAGAAUGCGUUGCAGGUCGGGGAUGUGCAGAGAUUGAGGCAGGACAUGGAUUCUUGGCUUGAUGUCCUUGCGCAGGUGGGUCAGAUGCUCGGGACUGGUCUUCGGCUUCAGCAAUUCGUUGGCGGCAUCAUAGAUCGUCAUGUUGGGGAGAUCAGCCGCUACGUUGCUGGGCAGACGGCGAGCGCGGCUGUGCAUCAGGCUACUGCUGCCGCGGCUGUGGUCGCUGCAAACGCAAGUGCUGGAGCCGAGCAUUCCAAUCAUCCCGGUGCGAAUGAGUAUGAUCAGCAGCCAGCUAAGUACGAGGCCCCGCCUAGCGAUUACUAUAGCACGCCCUACUCCUCUUACCCGCCUCCGCCACCUGCCGCUAUGACUGGGACGCCAACGCCACAACAUCAAGCGCAGCAGCAGCAACAGCUGCUUCCGGCAUCGAACUCCGUCGAUCCGACGGCUUGGAGGCAUUUCGCUGAUAAUCUGAUGUCAGGCGUCAGCGGCGUCAACCCCGUCACGCAUGUACCUGGUUCCGCCACGGCACCUGUCGGCGUCGGCGUCGGCGUCGGCGUAGGUGGCAAUGGAGGAGGUGGGUAUAUGAGUCCCGUUCUGCAAGGUCUGAACGGCACGAUGACCCCAGCAAUUGUGGUUUCGGGAUUACCUGGCCCGCCGGGGUCGGGGGCGCAUGCUAGUCAGCAGGAGUUUGGCAGUAUGCCUUUACCGGAUAGUAGUCAGGCGUGGCCGAUGGUGCAGUUUAGUACGCUCGGGGGCACCGGUGGGGGGUAA